AUGACAUUUCAUUAUAAUAAUAAGCUACAACAACAUCCACUUCAGAUUCACAACAGGACCAACCAGGAACUUACGGGCAUAUGGACAAUAGAACCAACAGGACGACUUGGCAACUUAAUGGGGGAGUAUGCCACACUUUAUGCCUUGGCAAAACUGAAUGGCCAUAAAGCUUAUGUUCUGCCUAAAAUGUACUGGUCACUUUCAGGAAUUUUUAAAAUUACUUUGCCUUUGCUUGACCAGCAAGACUUUGCACAUAAUGAUUGGAUAAACCUUCAUCUCCAUGACUGGAUGUCUCCAGAAUACGAAGACAUUUCAAAAGAUUAUGUGAAGCUUACAGGUUAUCCUUGCUCAUGGACAUUUUAUGAAGAUGUGAAGGAUGAAAUUCUCAGGGAGUUCACAUUUCAUGAUUCCAUUAAAGAAAAAGCAAACAAUUACCUCUCCAAGCUGCAGGAAGGCCGUGGAAAUGUAACAUUUGUUGGAGUUCAUGUACGCAGAGGAGACUAUCUGACCGUCAUGCCCAAAGUAUGGAAGGGGGUGGUAGCUGACAGACUGUACUUACAAACAGCUAUGAGCUAUUUCAGGGAGAAGUACCAAAAUCCUUUAUUCAUCGUAACCAGUAACGGGAUGGACUGGUGUAAGAAGAAUAUUGACACAACAUUGGGAGAUGUCCAUUUCUCAGGAGAUGGUAAAGAAUCUUCACCAACCGAUGACUUUGCCCUCUUGGCUCAUUGUAACCACACCAUCAUGACAAUUGGGACAUUUGGAUACUGGGCUGGAUAUUUGGCCAAAGGGGAAACGAUUUACCUUUCAAACUUCACCUUGCCAGACUCUAAGUUUCUUAAAAUUUUUAAAUAUGAAGCAGCUUUUCUUCCAGAUUGGAUUGGGAUUCCUGCUGACCUAUCUCCACUUCUGAAUUAG